UGUCUAACAUUAUUUCGAUCGUUCCUCAAUCUGAGUAAGGCCAUAUUGAUUAGCACUUCAUACACACAUAAAGUUUUAGUGGUGUGUGAGUAUAAAUAGCAUAACAAUUGAUCAAGUGUCCAGUAGUAAGUAGUCUGAAGAAGAAACAACUGUACAACAUUCCACAAUUAUGUUUAGGCUGGGAUUUUUUGUUGCUGUGGUAGUGCCUGUCUUGAGUAGACCACAAGCUCAGCAAAAUCAGCUAGCUUCAGCAAAUGCCGGAUCAACACCAGUUCCUAUUAUCAGUCAAACGGAAGAAAUCAACCCGGAUGGAUCGUUCAAAUUCAGGUAAGCCUCUACAAUUUUCAAUUGCUGUAGGAGUCGUUUAUAAACUGAAUGUAAGUGGUGCGCAUAUCCAUGAUAAGCACAAGACCUUCAUUUACAGUUUCGAGACAGCCAAUGGAAUAAAAGUUGAUGAGAGUGGCUACCUUAAAGACAACCCAGAGAGUUCUACAGAUAGGAUACAAGUAAUUGAAGGCAGCAUUUCUUACACUGAUGAAGGUGGACACAUGAUUAACCUGAGGUACGUUGCAGACGAAAAUGGCUACCAACCUCAAGGUGACCAUUUGCCUACCGCUCCGCCAGUACCGGAAGACAUCGCUAGAUCACUUCAAGGUCAAAGUCAACAACCUAACAACGCUGUCCAACCUGGAGGUCAGCUAUCUUCGCAACACCCUGGAAAUGUCCAACAGCAAAACGAGUUUGCUCCUCAACAUGCUGGUAACACCCAAGCGCAGGCUCAAUUAACAAAUGGUCCUCAAUAGCACCUAGGUAUAGUAGAAUUUUAGAUGUUGCUGUGAAAAUUAUUGUGAUUCAAUUCAUUUAUGUGAUCCGAAUAUUAUAAAUAAAUUUUUUAGUUAUAUCUGAAACAUGGUCUAUUGAAGAACCGAUAUUCAAUCCUAUCCUCCAAGGAAAUUGUCAACUACUUCAAGAGAAAGAAAAAUCUGAAUGGCGCUAACUUAUAACAGUUUCAUUUAGAAAACAAAUGAUAUUUACGCCGAAAAUUCGGCCCAGGAAAUGAAGACUUCCGACCCAACAAAAACUCUAUAAUGGAUGAAAAUAUGGAUUUAGUUUGUUGAAAUACUAGUCUUUAAGAUGACCUUUGAUUUUUUCGUUACGGUACUUUAAAUACUAUAUUUAUACAGAAAAGAGUUUUCUAGACAAUAUUGUUACUAAAGUUGAUAAUAUCUAUAGUUUUUUGAUUUCAUUUGCCAAACCCCGUAGUCAAUAAAACCUGCAAAAGCCGUGGAAAAAGAACCUGACUUUUUAACGUAAAUGUAUUAAAAUUGCACCGAAAAUUGCACCUUGUAGAAAGAUGUAUUUCGAAGUAAGCAGUUUUCCAAAUGAUAUUAUAGUAAAUAAGUCU